CUGACGUAUUGAACUCUGUAACAACAGGGGUUCUGGGAGUCGUAGGCUUUACUAGUUUCCUGUGUUUAAUGGCUCCUCGCUAUUAAGGUGGCUUUUUACAAAAAAGUAUUGCAUUCUUACACAUUUGCCCUGCACUCUUGUAACAUCCUAAACUGAAGAUUACAGUAAUACAGAAUUAAGAUGGUGCUCCUGAAUUGGAAGGUACUGGAAAAUUUUCCACUACUAAUGUACAUUUUAGCUGCUAAAACAUUAAUUCUUUGUUUAGCAUUUGCUGGGGUAAAAGUAUAUCAAAGGAAAAGACUUGAAAAGAAGAUGAAAAUGGAACAAGCAGAAAAGCAGAAAGGAGAAAUGGAGAAAAAAGAAAACUGAAGAUCUAAAGCUGGGAGACAUAUUCUUCCAACUUGCUGCUGAGAAAACUGGUCUCUACUAUUCAGUUUAUUUUGUUUUAAUUAACAAGUUGGAAAAGGAGUUGAUGGGCCAGCUUCCAGAUGUUGCUGAAAGCAUCAGCCAUCCUAGCCAGGGCUUUUGAGAAACACAACUGGACAACAUUUGGAGAAACCCAUAUUUGCCAAUUUGAAUUAAGAAUGAGAGACACUACUUGCACUAGAACACAAAGGUCUAUGGCACAAUAAUAUCAUGUACUGCCAUCCUGUGGAAAUUAUGAUGAUUUGCUGUGGCUAACCAUGAUGAAAGUCAUCCUGAAUAGAAAAACUAUAAUAGGCUGAAAAUGGAGUACUGCAUAUGUUUGGAAAUGACUAUUACUGAAUUCAAAAGGUCUUUUUAUUGUUGCUAGUGGAGCAGAAAUUGCAAGAACCAUUUGUAUCCUCUCCAUCUAAAGAUGGAUUUGAAAGAUACCAGUACCACUGUUUAAAAAAAAAAAUCUUUGGAUAAACGGAUAUACAAUAAAACAUGUGGAAAUCUUUCAAGAAUAUUGUUCCCAGUUAACCAUUCAUCCAGCUAAAAUAGCAUCUCCCAAUGUGUCAACAAAUCUCAUAGAUUUAUUUUUGACUUAUUUUUUUAAAUCAUGGAACUAUACCCUGGAUGUGGCCAGUAUUCUGCCAAAUGCAUCCUAUUUGGAAGUUGAUUCUCUAGCACAGUAUUCAUAUUUAUUUUGUGUUUUCAGGGGUAUAGCCAAAAGACAUCUUUGGAAGCUAUUUUGAAUAUAUGAUUGCUAGAGUAUAAUUGUGGCUGAUUAUUACUUGAGCAUCACAAUAGUGGACUCAAAUUUAAGCACAAAAGUACCCCUAUUUAUUUAGCAUUGGUUGGACUUUUCCAUUAGUUUUUUCCCCUCUGAAUUGUACUACCAAACAUAAAAUGUAAUCAUUUUAGGAACCUGAAAUAUGAAAUCCAUAAAUCUCUUGGUCACCUCUAAAAGCAUUGGAGGUUUGGUGGUAAUUGGAUGAAAUUUGACCAGGAUAAGUCAGCUUAAAAUACAAUGAAGCCAAGAGCCAGUAAUUCUGAUUCGUAACUAGAUUUAGGGAGAGAAAAAGUUUUCAGAGAAGUGAUUUGUAAAAAACAAAGAUUUAAUCAUACUUUUCUCCCACCCACCUAUUUAUUGGGGUGACCACCACUAUCUCUUGACUGACUUAAUUAUUUCUUUGCUAUUCAUGAAAGUGUGAAAAGGUUCUAGAAGAGAAGGAAAUAUUUCUAUUGAAACCCAUCAGUUCUUUUGCUCUUAUAAUUUGUUCUAACACCAUUAUGGGAAUCAAUGUGAUC